AUGUCGCAAGAUACUGGUCUGUUCAGUAUCAAGCGCCCCCGAGAAACUCUCGGGAGUGUGCCCAACUUUUCCGCGAUCCCACAACCUGCAUCAGCAUUGAAGCGCACCAGCUCUAUUGGAUUCAACAACCCCCCGUUCUCUUCUCAGAAGCACCGAGCCUCGUUGAUGGGCUCAUCCGGGCGUCCUCAACAACCAAACUUUACGCGAAUGUCAAUUGGUGGGCCUCUCGGUGCCGAUGCAGGAUUGUCCUCUGUUCGACGAUCUGUGUCGAGUAACUUGUUCAAUGGGGCCAGCGUAGGGCGGCAGAGCUUUGCGCCUGGAUCUAUGUCUUCCAAUCCAGCACCUCCGAACCCACAGCGCAGAAGUAGUGUGUUUUCGCGGCCAUCCACCGGAGGAGGCCCCAUGGGACACCAAUCCUUCUUCACCCAAGUCCCCAAUGUAGCGGGAGUCCCCAGAGAUCCCCGUCCGCUCCGAGAUCGAUCAUUCCAAGCUCGAAUCGGACAGGAACUUUUGGAAUACCUCACAGUUAAUGGAUUCGAGUUGGAAAUGAAGCAUUCCCUUGGACAAAACACUCUACGUUCACCAACCCAGAAGGACUUCAAUUUCAUUUUCCAGUGGCUGUAUCACCGAAUCGAUCCGGGAUACAAAUUCCAAAAGGCCAUGGAUGCGGAAGUGCCUCCUAUCUUGAAGCAACUACGAUACCCUUACGAAAAGGGCAUUACAAAGUCACAAAUUGCAGCCGUUGGAGGCCAAAACUGGUCUACCUUCCUCGGAAUGCUGCAUUGGCUGAUGCAAUUGGCGCAGAUGAUGGAUCGCUAUCAAACCGGCGAUUUUGACGAUGCUUGUGCCGAGGCUGGCGUGGAUGUCACGGGCGAUCGCAUUAUCUUCCGCUUCCUGACUCAAGCCUAUCACGACUGGCUGCAAGGUGGUGAAGACGAAGAUGAUGACACCGCAGAAAAGCGCUUGGUUCCACACGUCGAAAAUAUGUCUCGAGAGUUUGCGUAUGGUAAUGAGCGGUACGUGCAGGAGAUGGAGGCGCUUGAAGCGGAAAAUCGAGCCCUUCGUGAUCAGAUGGAAGAAGUGGAAAAAAGCGCCCCUGAUAUCGCCAAGCUGGAUAAGCAUUUCCGUAUCCUCGAAGACGAUAAACGGAAAUUCGAGGAUUACAAUCAGAACGUCAAAGGGAAAAUCGAAAAGUAUGAGACUCGCAUCAAGUUCCUUGACGCUGAAACCCAGAAAACCGAUGCCGAUUUGCAUGCCACUGAGUCUGAGCGUUCCGAGCUACAAGCAAGUGUUGACCGCCAGGGCAUCACUAUCCAAGAUAUCGAUCGCAUGAACUCGGAACGAGAGCGUCUGCAGAAAAACCUAGAAGAUACAGUCGCUCGUCUGGAAGAAACUCAUGCUCGUGUCAUGGAGAAAGAAGCGGAAGCCAGCCAAAAACUGGAAGACUUGGAGCAAAUUGUGAAAGCCUACAACACUCUUGGCUACCAAACUAGCUUGAUUCCUGCGGGUGCUGAGAACGCCAAGGGCGAAGACUACGAGCUUAGUCUCAACAUCAAUGAAAACAACUUCUCCGCCAGUCAGAUUGGUGGUGCUCCCAAUCGCAUUUCUUCCGAGGGAGAUCGACUAUUGGCGGAGCCUUUCACUGGGUACCACCCGGCGCACUUGCUGAGCCUGGACCUUCGGGGCUCUGUCCGAACCAGUUUACAAUCUCUCCGGAAAGAGAUUAAUGAGCGGCGGAAGCAGGGGAUUGAUGAGGAUCUCGACCGACGCAAUCUACUUGAUAAUAUCAAGGAGGCAAUGGACGAAAAACGAAGCGAGGUCGAGGCCCUGGAACAUCGACGCCGGGCGGCCGAGGAGGAAUUUGAACGCACCAAGGAAAUUACUACUACGCAGAAGACUGCCUCCGAUGCACAGAUUGAGAAGAUGGAGAAGGAAUUAGCCAAGAUGCGCGCCACACUUAGCGACAGUGUGCAAUUAAUGGAGCAGCGCGAGAUGAACACCAACAUUGAGUAUGAACAACUCACUCUCCGGGCCAAUGCUCUUCGGGAAGAGUUGCACACCAAUGUUGAGACCAUGCUGAACGAUGUCAUCCGCUUCAAGGUCCAUGUCCAGAAAGGCCUUGAAGACUACGAAAGCUUUGUUGUUGAUGAAGUGGAACAAGAGCUUGGUGGCGAAGAACUUGAAGAGGAGCUAUGA